CUCUAUUGUCGAGGAAAGGGAAAAGAGAAAACAAAACACAGGAAAAUAAACUUUCUCUCCCGGGUUCCCUCCUCCCUUUCCCCUCCGGCUCCAGCUCACAUCCCUCCAUUUCACCCUCUCGGUGAGGGUGUAGAGCUGUUUGUUCAGUUGCCCCUCAUUGACUUAAUAUAUCAAUGAGCAAAUGGACUCAGGCUUUUUUUUUCCCUCCCCUCUGUUCCCUGCUCCUCUCAACCUGCACCGAACGUCAGCAAACGUGUGACAAAUUGUGAAUACUCGUGUGAUUUUGUGAUUAGCAGAGGUUUCACUUUCGUGUAAACAUUAGUAAACGCGGUGACUCUCGUAGCCCAUUGUGAGCGUCAGCGGCGUGUUUUAGGGACUAAGGUCAACCUGGAUCGUGUUUAUCUGCUUCCGUUUUCUGCGGAGUGGGACAAUUAGUCCUGUUGUUACUCUGUUUUUCCACGGGACAAUCAGCUGUUAGACCUCCCUGUCACCUGUCAGUCAGCCAUUAAUUGUUUUUGCCACUCGCUUUUCUCGCCUUCCUGUCAAGCGUGUGCGUGUGUGUGUGUGUGUGUGGGGGACGUGACGUGACAUCAGAAAGCCCGGCCCAGCACCCCGAGUAAACCCAGCGUACUCGUUAAAUGCUCUCACACCUCCACUUCCUCCUUCUUCUUUCUCUGUCGCUAUCUCUCAUUCUCACCACCACCUUGUCUUCCUGUUCCGGAUUUGUUGUUUUCAUUUUGUUUCACUUGCUUUUUUUUCUCUAUUGCUGUUAAGACCGCUAUCUCUCCUUUUUUUUAAUUUUUUUUUUUAUUUUUACUAUCAUGAAUUUGAGUAAAUGGAUGUCGUGGAGAAAGCGCAACUUCUUCAGGAGGAAAGAGAAGCGCGAUAACUGUGUGGAUCUAGGUAAGGUUUAAUCACUUCGCAGUCUGGAUUGACGUAAGAGCGUCUGGUUUGCCCUCGUUUUCAUGUCCGCACCAGUAAAAUUCAGGUUGAACGUCAGCCGGGACGUAUUUGUUUUGAGUCAUGUUUGUUCCUCCAGUCUUACGCACGGCACCGUUUUUAUUUAAUGUCUAAAUAUUAGUUGCAUGCAGCCCUGACUCUUCAGCAUCUUUCCGUCGUUUGACUCUUAAUCCAAGGAGUCAGCCUUCAUAAAACCGAGCUAUUGUGUUGAUCAGCGGUAGUGUUGGGUAAUGUUUCCAAAAUGACAAAUCUGACAAAUGUGAAAUAGCCCUGAAAGGUGAAACGUUGAUCCCACAUGGUCCCAUUUCUUAUUCCACAUUUUUCACGCUGGAUUUGCUUUCAAAAGAAAAUUGUCCCUUUUUGCGUCUUUCACUUCUCGUAUUUCAGUGAUUUUUCUCUAUAACAGCACUUCCCACUUAUUCAGGUCUCUUUUUUUUUUCUGGUAAAAUCAUUGUACUUUUUCAUGACCUUACAUCUUUUCACAGCUUUCACCCAAGCCCUCUGUUCCAGCCUUUGGAGCUGAGCGUAUUUCCGACAAAGUGCAGAUGAAAAAAAGUUGAACAGUUUCCUUCCCACCGCGUCGCCUCCACGCUCGUUUGCCAAUCUCUGCCCGACGUGCCCCCUUCUUUGUCUCUCUCCCCAUCUUGGUGAUGGCGCUUGCAUUCUGCUCCGCUUGCACGCCGGGAUGGUGCAGAACAGUGUCUCUGUGUUUUAUCUGCGUUCGUCCCCUAUCUCCCACGCUGCAUCACGGCCUACCCACUCUUGGCUUGCCCCGUCCUGUUCCUCUCGCCUCCGAUCCCUUUCCCUUUUCCUUGACACUGUCCCUCGUUCCCUCCCCUCUGCCUCUCUCUCUCUGCUGCUGCUGCUGCUGCUGCUGCAUUCUUCUGAUCUUUUCCCCCCUUCUCUUUCUCUCUGGUCAAGGAGUGACAGAGGCAGAGGAGGGAGGAGGAGGAGAAGAAGAAGGAAAGAAGGAAUACUCUCUUUUGCGCUGGACUAGCUUGUUUUGUCCUGUUUUUUUUUUGUUUUUUUUCUUUUGCUUUGUUUCUUCUGUUCGGCGUUGUGACGGCCUGUGGUAAAAAAAGGAUGGCAGAGCACGGGCUCAAAGAGCACGGGCUCAAACUCAGAGAUGAGCAUGAUGCAGUACAGAAGAAGACUUUUACCAAAUGGAUAAAUGCACAGUUCUCCAAGACAGGGAAGACGCCCAUCGCAGACAUGUUCUCUGAUCUGAGGGAUGGGAGGAAGCUGCUGGACCUGCUGGAGGGUCUCACUGAUACUGUCCUGACCAAAGAGCGAGGUUCCACCAGAGUGCACUCUCUCAAUAACGUCAACAAAGUCCUUCAAGUCCUGCACCAGAAUAACGUGGAUCUGGUAAACAUAGGAGGGACAGAUAUUGUGGAUGGGAACCACAAACUGACCUUGGGCCUCAUCUGGAGCAUUAUCCUUCACUGGCAGGUGAAAGACAUCAUGAAGGACAUCAUGUCCAACCUGCAGCAGACCAACAGCGAAAAGAUCUUACUCAGCUGGGUGCGACAGUGCACGCGCUCAUACCCAGAAGUCAAUGUGCUCAAUUUCACCACCAGCUGGGCUGACGGCCUGGCUCUGAACGGCAUCCUGCACCACUUCAGGCCAGAUGCGUUCAGCUGGGAUCAGGUGGUCAGGCUGAGCCCCGUGGAGAGACUAGACCACGCCUUCACCGUAGCCAAAGACCAGCUAGCUAUUGAGAGGCUGCUGGAUCCUGAAGAUGUGGCCGUGCAGCUGCCAGAUAAGAAGUCCAUCCUCAUGUACGUAACAUCGCUUUUCGCCGUGCUGCCCAAAGACGUGAGCAUGGAGGCCAUCAGAGAAGUCGAGACCUUGCCGCGCAAAUACAAGGCGGAGGCCGAGAACUCGGGUCCGGGCCUCAGCUCCCAGAACGUGCAGAUGGAGGAAGCAGGCAGCAGCCCCCGGCCCGAGACCCCCAGCACACUGACCGAGACCGAGGGGGAGAUGGAGGGCAGCCUGCUGGAGGUGGACCUUGACAGCUACCAGACCACGCUGGAGGAGGUUUUGACUUGGCUGCUGUCGGCCGAGGACGCCCUGCAAAUUCAGGACGAGGUGUCGGACGACGUGGAAGAAGUCAAAGACCAGUUUCACACACACGAGGCCUUUAUGAUGGAGCUGACAGCGCAUCAGAGCAGCGUGGGUAACGUGCUGCAAGCGGGAAACCAACUGAUCGCCCAGGGCAACCUGACGGAGGAGGAAGAGGACGAAAUCCGGGAGCAGAUGAGCCUCCUCAACUCCCGCUGGGAGAACCUCAGAGUGGCCAGCAUGGACCGCCAAGCCAGACUCCACGAGGUCUUGAUGGAGCUUCAGCAGCAGCAGUUACAGCAGCUCUCUGACUGGCUGACGCAGACGGAGGAACGAAUCCGGAGGAUAGAGACGGAACCCGCAGCUAAAGACAUGGACGUCUACAAAGAAACGAUAGAGCAGCACAAAGAACUUCAGAAUGACUUGGAGGCGGAGCAGGUGAAGGUCAACUCUCUGACGCACAUGGUGGUCGUGGUGGACGAGAACAGCGGUGAGAGUGCCACCGCUGCCCUGGAGGAGCAAUUACAAUCACUGGGUGAACGCUGGGCAGCUGUGUGUCGCUGGACUGAGGAAAGAUGGCACAAGCUGCAGGAAGUCUUUAUGGUUUGGCAACAGCUUCUGUCUGACCAGAGUUUGUUUAGAGCGUGGUUGGCUGAAAAGGAAGAGGCCUUGAGUGAAGUCCAAACUAGCAACUUCAAGGACUCCAGUGCAAUGAAUACUAACGUGCGCCGAUUAGCAAUUUUAAAAGAAGACAUGGAAAAGAAGAGGAGGACUCUGGACAAGCUGUCCGACGCGGGACAGGAUGUGAUAAUGCUGCUGCAAAGUGCCGAGGCGGGAGCCCAGAUCGAAGCGGACACAGAGGAGCUGGCCCACAGAUGGGACAACCUGGUGCAGAAGCUGGAGGAUUACUCCUUCCAGGUAAUGGAAGCGGUGACGGAUGCUGGGAUGACUCAGGUGGAAGAACAGGUCGUCGUGGAUACGGUUGCUGUGGCUGCAGCUGCCGCCUCGGUUGCUGACCAGGAGCUCGCCCCACCUGCUCCCCCGAAGAAACGGCUGGUGGAGACGGACGCAGAAGUCAGGAGACUGUAUGAAAAUAAACUCUCUGACUUGUUGAACUGGAUUAAAACGUGGAAGAUGUCAGCUCAGACACUGGCCUCAGCUCAUCCUGAGACUUCACCUGACACCCCUGACCUGCAGGAGAAUCUAAAGGUUUUGGAGUUGGAACUUGCAGCAAAGGAAGCCACUGUCAGUCAAGUGAUUCAGGAGGGACGAGGCUUGAUGGAGCAGCUAGAGAGAGAAGCUGUGUGCGUGGACCUGGUGAGAGCGGACAUAGACCUGAUCCAGACUGAGUGGGAUGUCUGCGCAAGGGAGCUGCAGGCGGCCCGUGAGCGUGUUCACACUCAGACCCGGUUCAGAGCAGUUUCAAGGGAACUUGCAGACCUGGACCGGUUCCUGGAGGAGCAGGAUCUGUGGCUGGACUCGACUCCCGCGGUGGAAAAGUGCAAUGAUGCCGAGCUUAGGAACCUGAGAAGAGAAUGUCAGACCCGACGUGCUCAGGUUAGCGCCUUCAGUCCACGGCUGGAGCAGCUGUCUGAGGAGGCGGGAUCUCUGGGAGCCAUGCCCUCUCUGAAAGACAACAUGGUGGUGGUAUCGGCACAUCACGCUUCCACACUGCAGCAGCUUCAGAGCAGAGAACGAGAAGUCGGCGAAGCCUUGUCCAGUCUGGAAGCCUCCCACGUGGCUCAAAGUGCGGUGGAGGGUCUCGAGGCCAGACUGACCACUCUGAGAGACGGGAUAAGAGAUCUACCUUCGACAGAAGGGGCAGUGGAGCGAGCGCAGGGCCUGUGUCUGGAGAUCGAGCAGACGCAGCAAGCCUCUGAUCCGGCGGAACUACAAAAAUGGAGUCAGCUCUCGUCUAGGGCCCGAGAGGAGCUGGGCACGCUGAAGUGCAUUCUGGGUACCAUGAAGGACAAUCAGGUACGUUUGGAACAAGUGGAGCGUUGGUUGGAUGCGGUCCAGGAAUUGUUGUCUCGGGAUGCAACAGGAUCGGGUGAUGCGGAGAAUCUGCAAGAAGAGCUUAGUUUGUGCAAGGAGCAUGUGAGUGAGAUGGAGUCAGUGGAAGGUUCGUUGAAGCAGAUGGGAGAGAAUGUGAGUUCUGUACAGGCAGCUGCAGUCCCAGGAUUGGCCACAUGGGGCCAGGAUAAGUUUAACGUGUGCCAGGGCAGGUGGGCCACGCUCAGCAAACAGCUGCUGAGCCAUCAGGAUCGCGUGGCAGAGACUCAGGAAAAGCAGGUGAAUCUGAAGAAAGACCUGGCGGAGAUGCAGGAGUGGAUGACCCAAGUUGACGAGGAGUUUCUCAUGAGAGACUUCGAGUACAAGAGUCCCGAGGAUUUGGAGGCGUCGCUGGAGGAGAUGAAGCGGGCUAAAGAGGAUGUGCUACAGAAAGAGGUGAAGGUGAAAAUCUUGAAAGACAGCAUCAACAUGCUGGUGUCCCGAACAUCGCCCCCUUGUGUCAGCAGUGGACAGGAGCUGACCUCAGAGCUCGAGGGGGUGCUGGCCAACUACCAUAAGCUCUGUGACCGCCUCAAGAGCAAGUGUCACACCCUGGAGGAGGUUUGGUCUUGUUGGAUGGAGCUGCUUCAGUACCUGGACAUGGAGCAGAGUUGGCUGAACUCUCUGGAGGAAAAGGUCCAAGCUACUGAAAACCUUCCAGAGAGCACUGAGGCUGUUAAUGAAGCUCUGGAGUCUUUGGAGAGCGUGCUUCGCCACCCCGGGGACAACCGGACACAAAUCAGAGAGCUGGGUCAGACGCUGAUAGACGGGGGUAUACUCGACGAGCUCAUUAGCGAAAAGCUAGAGGCCUUCAAUUCACGCUACGAGCAACUCAACCACCAGGCGGUGAACCGGCAGAUCAGCCUCGAGCAGCAGCUGCAGACGCUGAAGGAGAACGAGCAGGCGCUGCAAGCGCUGCAGGAGUCUCUGAACCAGCUGGACCACACGCUCACCUCCUACCUCACCGAUCGCAUAGACGCCUUCCAGCUCCCACAGGAGGCGCAGACUAUCGGGGCAGAGAUUGCAGCCCACGAGUUGACAGUGGAGGAGAUGAGGAGAAGGAACGUGGUCAACCUGCCUCCGCCCUCCACGGACGGCAAAGCUGCCCGCGGUGGGACGAUGCUGGAGCAGCUGCAGAGGAAACUGAGGGAGAUCUCCACAAAGUACCAGCUGUUCCAGAAGCCUGCCAACUUUGAGCAGCGCAUGUUGGACUGCAAGAGGGUCCUGGACGGUGCCAAAGCUGAGCUUCACAUCCUGGACAUUAAGGACCUGGAACCAGAAAAAAUCCAAUCCCACCUCAGCGGUUGUAUGAAAUUGUACAAGUUGCUGAGUGAGGUGAAGCUGGAGGUGGAGACGGUGAUAAAAACCGGGCGCCAGAUUGUGCAGAAGCAGCAAACGGAGAACCCCAAGGCCAUGGACGAACAGCUUACUGCUCUUAAACUGCUCUACAAUGACCUGGGGGCUCAGGUAACAGAAGGAAAGCAGGACCUGGAGAAAGCUUUGUCUCUGUCUCAGAAGUUCCACAAGGAGAGCGCUGCCCUGCAGGACUGGCUGACUACAAAUGAGGCCCAGCUCCAACAGAAGAACAGCUGUGGAGACAUGCCAGCUGACAUCGAUGCUGAGAUUGCAUGGGCUAAUGGCCUGCUGAAGGAGUCGGAGCGUCGCAAGGCGGAGCUGUCCGGCCUGAUGGAGACCAGCGCCGGCCUCCAGACUCUGGUGGAGGGCAGCGAGGCCGAGCUGGACGAGAAACUCUGUGGCCUCAACGAAUCCUGGGGCCGCGUCCGCACCUGGACCGAGGACUGGCUCAGCGCUGUUCUGAGUCACCAGAAUGAGGUGGAAAUUUUUGACGAGAACUUGGCUCACAUCAGCACCUGGCUCUACCAGACCCAGAUCCACCUGGAUGAGGCCGAGCGGCUGCCCCCCGCAGAGAAAGAAAAAGUGGUGAAGAGAAUGCUGGAGGAGCUGGAGGACAUCCGUCUGCGCGUGGACAACGUCAGGGACCAGGCCGUCAUCCUGAUGACCAGCAGGGGGCCCGCCUGUCGAGACGUGGUGGAGCCCAAACUGGCCGAGCUCAACUGCAACUUCGACAAGGUCUCCCAGCACAUAAAGACGGCCAAGGUCAUUCAGAGUCAGGAGAUCCAAGGUCAGAGUCAGGCUCACUCUGCCGAGGCUGUGGUCCCCAGUGAGGUCAAGGACAUUCAGGCGGAGCUCCAGGACACGCUGAGAGCUCUGCAGCAGCAGCAACAGGAGCCAGCUAACACCCUGGAUGAUGACAAGAUGGAUGAGGAGAAAGCCAGCGUGGAAGACUUGUUGAGAAGAGGAGAAGAGCUGCUGCAGCAGACUUCAGACGAGGCCCAGAGGGAGGAGUUGAGACUUCUGCUGCUCCGGCUGCAGAGCCAAUAUUCUGCUCACAGGGAGCUGAGGGUCCUACAAAUCAGGCAGGUCAAAGUCACGGUGGAGUCGCAGACUUCUCACACCUUCAGAGAGCAGACGACAGAGUUUUCAGUCGAGGAAAUGUCAGCGGUGGAUCGUGGCAGCGCUCGUUCGCUGACUCCCUCUGACUACCUGUUGGACAUCCACAAGGUUCUCCUCGCCAUGGCCGACAACGAGCUGCUUCUGAACUCCUCUGAACUGAGCGGGGGGCUUUAUGAAGACUUUUCUAGCCAGGAGGACACGCUGAGGAGCAUCAAAGAAAACCUGGAGCGUCUUGGUGAGCAUGUCACGGCGAUCCAUGAGCGCCAGCCCGACGCCAUCCGGGACGCUUCCCCCGCCGAGGUGGCCCAGAUGGGAGACGCGCUCACGCAGCUCAACGCGGAGUGGGACCGCCUCAACCGCAUGUACAACCACCGGAAGGGGAGUUUUGACCGUGCCAUAGAGGAGUGGGGCCAGUUCCACUGUGACCUGAAAGACCUUUCUCAGUGGCUGACCGAGACUGAGACACUCCUGUCUGAGAGCGUCGGCCCUGACGGACAUCUCGACCUGGAAUGUGCACGACGGCAUCAGGAGGACCUGGAAGAAGGGGUCGCCAGUCAUCAGCACGUCCUGGCCGCACUGACUCGCACAGGGGAGCAGAUAAUCGGGAAGCUGUCAUCUCCUGAUGGGCCCCUGCUUGAAGACAAGCUAGAAUCUUUGGGGCAGCGUUGGAGGGUCGUUAACCGACAGAUCCUGGAGAGACAGCGCAGGCUGGCCGGAGCUGAUCCGGCCCUGACGGACCUGGUGAGGAGGCGCGAUGAGCUGGCCGUGUGGCUGGAGCAGGCAGAAAACGCCGUCAGCUCUCUGCCCGUCACUGCCACCGACAGAAACCUCAAAGAGCUGAAGGCUCUGGCUGAGGAAAUGGAUGCGCAGAAUGAACGUCUUGGCUGGCUGAACAAGCACGCUCCUCAGAUCCUGUCCAGCCCUGGCAUAAGCCCUCAGAGCAGGGACCAGCAUGUGGGCAGACUGAGAGCCAUCAACCUCAACUGGAGCAAGGUGACCCACGACCUGUUGGACAGAGUGGGAGAGGUGGAGAACAACUUGCAAAGCCACGCCCAGUUCCAGGACAGGAUGGACAGGCUGACGGACUGGGUCAUCGUCACCCACCAGACGAUCAUCACCCGAGGCCUGAAUCCCGCCCAGGCUCAGGCCCUCGAGGCUUCCAUGAAGGACAGGAAGAAGGACCUGGAGGACCUGUUGGCUCAUUCAAUAGAACUGCAGAGACGACAGCAGCUGUUGCCUCAGGAAAAGAGCAAGGUGGAGCAGCUGGCGGCCGACUGGAAAGCCCUGGACGUCCGACUCAGGGAGUCUCUUCAGCCACCUGUCUCUCCAUGGACGCAGCAUCACCUGGUUGUCCAGCAGCAGCAGCUCGUGUCUUCGGUCCCCUCGGCCGUGCAGAUGGCCAGCCUGGUCGGCGAGGACCCCCACCACCACCACCACCACCACCAGACCCCGCACACGCCGGACACCGUGGCGCCCACCGAUCUCAACAAGACCGCCACCGAACUGGCCGACUGGCUUCUCCUCAUCACCCAGAUGCUGAAGUCCAACAUCGUCACCGUGGGGGACACGAAGGAGAUUAAGACCACCAUGGGGCGUCUACAGGUGACAAAGAGUGACCUGGAGCAGCGUCAUCACCAGCUGGAGGACAUCUUCACCCUGGCACAGAACAUCAAAAACAAGACCUCCAACCUCGACGUCCGCACGUCCAUCACCGAGAAACUGGAGAAAGUGCGCAGCCAGUGGGACAGCACUCAGCAUGGCGUCGAGGCUCGGCUGCAGCAGCUGGACAACAUGAUCGGCCACAGCAACCAGUGGGAGGAGCAGAGGAAGGAGGUGAAGGCCCUGAUCGGGCACACCGAAGAACGCCUGCACGGCCUUGUCCAGCGCUCCAAAGACCCCCUGACUAAACAGCUGGAAGACAGUAAGGAGUUCCUCCAAGCUCUGGGCCGAGGCCAAGCUACGGUUGCAUCCUUCAACGAGCUGUCGAGUCACCUUCUGCGAGAGUAUUCUACCGACGACACGAGGAGGAUCAAAGAAGUGACAGAUAAACACAAUGCAGCCUGGAACAACAUCAACAAUAGGGCGAGCGACCGUCACGCCCAGAUGGACGGCGAGCUGAAGAGCCUGCAGGUGUCUCUCCGGGAGCUCGAGUCUUUCCUCAAGUGGCUCCAGGAGGCCGAGACCACGGUCAACGUCCUGGCGGACGCCUCGCAGAGGGAAGAUGUGACGCAGGACUCCCCCCACGUGAAGGAGCUGAGGCGACAACUGGAGGACAUCCAGGCCGAGAUCGAUGCCCACAAUGACAUCUACAAGAGCGUGGACGGCAACAAAUCGAAGAUGGUCAAAGCGCUGGGCAGCUCGGAGGAAGCCGUGUUCCUCCAGCACAGGCUCGACGACAUGAACCAACGCUGGAGCGACCUCAAGGCCAAAUCGGCCAACAUCCGAGCACAUCUGGAGGCGAGUGCCGAGCGCUGGUCCCGUCUGCUGGGCCUCCUGGAGGAGCUGUGGAGGUGGAUCUGCAUGAAGGAUGAGGAGCUGGCUAAGCAGAUGCCGAUCGGAGGAGACGUGCCCACCUUGCUGCAGCAGCAGAACCACUGCACGGUGUUACGGUCUGAACUGAAGGAACGGGAGCACUUGGUGAUCAGUACGUUGGACCAGGCCAGGACGUUUCUGGCCGACCAACCCAUCGAGGGUCCCGGAGAGCCGCGCAAGAACCUGCAGCCAAAGACAGACCUCACGCCGGAGGAGAAGGCCCGAGGUUUGGCCCGCGCCAUCCGCAAACAAACCGGCGAGGUGAGGGAGCGGUGGGAGCGUCUGAGGGGACAUGUGGGCGGCUGGCAGAGUCAGGUGGAGCGAGCCUUGGAGCGCCUCCAGGAGCUGCAGAGCUCCAUGGACCAGCUUGACCUGCGGUUGACUCGCGCGGAAGAGGCCAAAGCUACUUGGCAGCCUGUGGGGGAUCUGCUGAUCGACUCCCUCCAGGACCAUAUCGAUAAAACCACGACCUUCAGAGACGAGGUCGCCCCGUUACGUCAGGACGUCCGCAUCGUCAACGAGCUCUCCGCCGAGCUGGCGCCGCUGGACAUCCAGCUGUCGUCCACCGCCUCCAGACAACUGGACCAGCUCAACAUGAGGUGGAAACUUCUGCAGGUGGCUGUGGAGGACAGGCUGAAACAACUUCAGGAAGCCCACAGAGACUUUGGUCCCUCCUCACAACAUUUCCUCUCCACGUCUGUGCAGCUCCCGUGGCAACGUGCGGUCUCGCAAAAUAAGGUUCCUUAUUACAUCAAUCACCAGACGCAGACGACUUGCUGGGAUCAUCCAAAGAUGACAGAGCUCUACCAAUCACUAGCGGACUUGAACAAUGUGAGAUUCUCCGCGUACCGAACAGCCAUGAAGAUUCGCAGACUACAAAAAGCACUGUGCUUGGACCUGCUGGACCUCAGCGUUGCCGAGAACACCUUCGAGCAGCACAAGCUCGCCGCCAACAAUCAGCUGCUGUCCGUGCCGGACGUCAUCAACUGCCUGACGUCCAUCUACGACGGCCUGGAGCAGGAGCACAAAGACCUGGUCAACGUGCCUCUCUGCGUCGACAUGUGUCUCAACUGGCUGCUCAACGUUUACGACACCGGCCGCAGCGGAAAGAUCCGCGUCCUGUCCAUGAAGAUCGGCUUGCUGUCUCUCUGCAAGGGACACCUGGAAGAGAAAUACAAAUACCUCUUCAGCCAGGUAGCGUCAGCGGGUGACACGUGUGACCAGAGGCAGCUUGGCCUGCUGCUGCACGAAGCCAUCCAGAUCCCCAGGCAGCUGGGGGAGGUGGCCGCCUUCGGAGGCUCCAACAUCGAGCCCAGCGUCCGCAGCUGCUUCCAACACGUGACCAACAAGGUGGAGCUGGAGCCGAGGCAGUUCGUGGACUGGAUGCGCCUGGAGCCCCAGUCGAUGGUCUGGCUGCCCGUCCUGCACCGGGUGGCGGCCGCGGAGACGGCGAAACAUCAGGCCAAGUGCAACAUCUGCAAGGAGUGUCCCAUCGUCGGCUUCAGGUAUCGCAGUCUGAAGCAUUUCAACUACGACGUUUGUCAGAGCUGCUUCUUUUCUGGGCGCACUGCCAAAGGCCACAAGCUCAACUACCCCAUGGUGGAGUACUGCACACCGACUACAUCAGGUGAGGACAUGCGAGAUUUCACCAAAGUGCUGAAGAACAAAUUCCGAUCGAAGAAGUACUUUGCCAAGCACCCGCGGCUCGGAUACCUCCCAGUCCAGACGGUUUUAGAGGGCGACAACCUGGAAACCCCCGUCACCCUCAUCAGCAUGUGUCCGGAGCAGUACGAGCUGUCCCAGUCACCUCAGCUCUCUCAUGAUGACACCCAUUCCAGGAUAGAGCAGUAUGCCAGCAGGUUGGCUCAGAUGGAACGCUCCAACGGCUCCCUGCCCACGGACAGCAGCUCAGCAACGGGAAGCAUGGACGACGAGCACGCCCUGAUCCUCCAGUACUGCCAGACGCUGGGAGGGGAGGGGUCCCCGUGCAGCCAGCCCCAGAGCCCUGCCCAGAUCCUGCAGGCCGUGGAGAGGGAGGAGCGGGGCGAGCUGGAGCGGAUCAUAGCCCGCCUGGAGGAGGAGCAGAGGAUGCUUCAGAGGGAGUACGAGCAGCUGAAGGAGCAGCACGGCCAGCGAGGGGCCCCCGCCGGAAGCCCCUGGGAGUCGGACGGCACCUCGGGCCACCCGGACGAAGCCGACCUCCUCGCCGAAGCCAAGCUGCUGCGCCAGCACAAAGGCAGGCUGGAGGAACGCAUGCGCAUCCUGGAGGAGCACAACAAGCAGCUGGAGUCUCAGCUCCACCGCCUCCGACAGCUACUGCACCAGCCGGAGGUUGAGUCGAGGUUGAACGGAGUGUCCUCUCCCGCUGUUCAAGAUCGAGGGCCACUUACCGAAAACUCAGAUGAGCUGCUGGACUCCAACAACAGCAGCUCUGACCUGGCAGAUGUAAUGGAGCAGAUUAACAACUCCUUCCCUGCAUGCAGUCCCUCAAGCCUGUCCUCGAGACCGCAGGUGAUGUGAGGCCCGGAGGAGGACGGACCAUUCCCAAACAAAUCCCCUCUCCUCUAAAUCCCAAAGACGCACAGGAGCAGACAACUUAACUACUUUUACCACCUUGUCUUGUACUAUGCAAACUGUACAUUUUAUGAACUGUAGAUUGUACCUGAACUUGAUUGAACAUUUGUCAGUGAUUUAUUUAGAUAUGCAGAUGAGUAUGCAGACACGGGGCUUUGUAUAGUUAAAAAAAAAAAUAAUAAUAAUGCUUCUUUUUGUUUUUGUUGUUUUGUUUCAAAUGGUGGUUUUGGGAUUUGUGUCGUUUUUGUUCUCCCUUCACCGGGAAUCAAACUGUUACACUUGUGUUCGUUUUUUUUGUCAUUCCACUGCUUUGUACCAUCGAGCCCCUUACAGUCGCUAUGAUUUGUAAAUGAAAUUAGCCAGAAGCUUUGUCAAACGUCGGGGAGCGCACGCGGAAAUGUCGCUCCCCCUACGAAGCGUCACGUUUUUGCUUUCGUACGUCUCGUAGCAUGCUUGAUGUCAGUUCCCCUUUAAAGCAUCGAUAUGCCGGCGGACGUCGUCUCAACUGUCUCGAUUUGUCAAUGUAAACUUUUACCCCUUCUGUGCCUAUAAAUUUUGUCAUUCCACACGUGGAAGACAGAGACGAGGGUCGGUGAAUGAUAGCAGGAUUGUGUAUAAAGAGAGAAAAUAUAGAUUUAAAUCGGAUGUUGUCCCGAAUCUGGGUUUGAAAGAGGCCCGGCAUCAUCGUGUAGAAUAGUUUUUUUUUUUUUUUUUUUAAAGAGAUAUAUGUUCAGAAAUCAGAGGAAAGCCAUGAUUGCCUUGCUACCUCAGACUCAUAGACACAGUUUUGUUUUUGUGGUUCGUAAACUUGUUUAAAACCAUUGUGAUCAAACAGCCUGGGUUAGCAUUCUAAGCUUUAGCUUACUGUAUUGAUGUACGCUGCAAUGAGGAGUUAACCAAGUUAAAAAAAAAAUAAUUAAGAAGUUACUAUUACUGUACCACAAUGGGUCUGUGGCCUGCUGAAGCUAGCCUCCCGUUAUGAUGAGUAUUACUUUAACUGUUGUUGGUUUUUCCACUGGCCUUCUAGCACUGGUCCCUCACUGCGUCGUGUCGUUGUGCUCUAUGCUAUCCUGUAAAACUUGUGAGAUUGAACAACACUACUAUAACCUCCUCUGACUGUAGACUGGUGAUGAUUUUAAUGAUUACAAUCAUGAUGGACCGUACCAUGGCAGAACUGUGUCGCUUCUCCUGAGGUAUGUAAAAUAGAUUGACCACACUACAUGUACUAUGGCUACGUUGUUUUAUUCUAAAUAAAAAUUUUUAUAACAAUUA